ACUCCGGCAAAGUGACUUCGAAUUUAAAUAUAUCUAUAUUGUUUAUUGAUCUAACUAUUUCCCUACUUAUUUGAGUUUCGAUCAGUUUCUUCCUAACUUGCUUGGUUUUGAGUCUCGAUAUUCCUCCCUAUUUCCUCUUCCUCACUGGUAGCUUCUACUUGCUUAACAUCGGCAUCACUCAGUUGCUAAGAUGCCUUCAGCUGAUGAAGCGAGCACCUCUACAGCUCCUGCUCCGACUUUCAAGUCGCUUGGCCUUAUUGAUCCUUUGCUGGAAGCUAUUGCUCAGCUCAACUAUACUUCCCCCUCUGAUAUCCAGAAAGCAGCUCUCCCCCAUGCUCUUGAAGGUCGAGACAUCAUUGGUGUAGCUUCUACUGGCUCUGGUAAAACCGCUGCUUUUGCUUUGCCAAUCCUGCAGAAACUAUGGGAAGAGCCUAAAGGACUAUUUGCUUGCGUUCUCGCGCCUACGCGAGAACUCGCGUUUCAGAUUUCACAGCAGUUCGAGAGUUUAGGUGCUGCGAUGGGUGUUCGGUGUGCUACAAUUAUUGGAGGUGUGGAUCUUGUAUCACAACAAGUCGCACUUGCCAAACGUCCGCAUAUCGUCGUUGCUACUCCUGGUCGUCUUCAGGAGCAUUUAGAGAAGACGAAGGGAUUCAGCCUGAGAAGCCUGAAGUUCCUGUCGCAGGUCUUCGAUGAAGCAGAUCGACUGCUUGACUUGGACUUCGGUCCUAUGAUUGACAAAAUUCUUAAACUCAUUCCAAAAGAACGGACAACAUACCUAUUCUCCGCUACGAUGACAACGAAGGUUGCAAAAUUGCAGCGGGCGAGUCUAUCAAACCCAGUGCGUGUGGAAGUGUCAGAAAAGUACUCUACUGUAUCAACCUUGUUGCAAUACUAUCUCUUCAUUCCAUUGAGUCAAAAGGAUGUACAUUUGAUUUAUAUCGCCAAUACCCUUGCCCAACAUUCUAUCAUUAUCUUCACUAGAACAGUGCACGAUGCCCAGAGGGUGUCAAUCAUGCUACGCACACUGGGUUUCGCUGCAAUACCUCUUCAUGGUCAAAUGAGCCAAAGCUCUCGGCUCGGUUCGUUGGCGAAGUUCAAAAGUGGAGGCAGGAGGAUCUUGGUCGCCACCGAUGUUGCCAGUCGUGGCCUAGAUAUCCCAUCCGUGGACGUGGUCAUCAAUUAUGACGUCCCAACACAUUCCAAAGACUAUAUCCACCGGGUCGGUCGAACCGCACGAGCGGGUCGUUCUGGAAAGGCGAUAACAUUGGUGACGCAAUACGAUGUAGAACUCAUUCAAAGGAUUGAAAAGGUCACUGGAAAGCAGAUGGAGACUUGGCCGAUAGACGCAGAGGAAGUUGCAUUGUUGCGAGAACGUGUAGAUGAAGCUGGGCGAGUAGCGACUAACGAGAUGAAGGAGCAAAGCAUGAAUAAGCCUGGGAGGAAGAGACGACGAGAGGAUGGUGGUGGGAGAGAUGAUGUCGAUAGGGACGAUGAUGUGGUAGAAGCGGGUAUGCCAAAGAAGAAGAGUAAGGGUAGGAGGUAAUACGUCCGUGUUACCUCUAUCUGUCGGAUUAUGUAUAUGGCAUCACAUAUGAGAAACUGACAUACCAUGAUAUUAAUUCAUGAACAUCAGGUCAGAACGCAGGAUAUAUUUCGUGCCAGCGAGAACUGGUGAUCCCUCAUGAAGUAGACAUUCGUUUCCAUGGCUGAUUGAGAAGUAAAUCAGCCUCUCGAGCUAGAAACCAAUGUCAUUAGUUACAGACCGAUGUAAGAGCGCAGAGCCUCGCGUUAGAGGGGCC